UCCACUGGUUUCGAUUUUCGCCUGAAUCAGAACCUAUUUUCAGAGAAAACGAUUACCAUUCAGAUUUACCCAAAUUUCUCCAUACCCAAAGGCCUCUGCUUGAUAUUCAAUAAUGAGAACUUCAUAUCGAUGCCUCGACGUCAGGGAACAGACAUUGACUGCAGGAAUCUAAAAAGCUUAUUUCAUCAACUAGGGUACAGGGUCAUUAUUGAAAAUGAUCUCAGUUGUAAGGAGAUGUUAUCUCGGAUAAGGGAUUUCGCCAGUGAUCCUCAACAUCAGUUCGCGUCUUCAGCAAUUGUCGUCGUGCUGACGCAUGGAGAACGGGAUCAGCUGUUAGUUGGCGGAGACGAUGAUGUACUGUCAGUGUAUCCAUUCCUAGAGGCCCUAAAUGCUCGGAAUGCACCACUACUUGCCGGGAAACCAAAACUGAUUUUUAUCCAGGCAUGUCGAGGAGGUGAGUAUCGUCGUGAUACUGGUGCGACUUUUGUGGAUGAACCUGACAGUUUCCGUCACGAAGGUGAUGGUCCCUUUGGAUUGUUCAAUUGCAUGCGAUCUCCAACCGUCACUGAGGAAAAUCCGAUAAAAUGGCCUCGUGAAUCAGACUUCCUUAUUGCCUACGCAACUCCACCGUUAUAUGUUUCAUGGCGAAAUAGUCUACGAGGUAGUUGGUUCGUUCAGGCGAUUUGUGAGGUGAAUUUUAUAUACGUAUAUUUACCAGUAAAGGUAUUUGCCAAAUAUGCUCGUAACACGGAUAUUCUACGGUUGCUUACCAAAGUAAACCAAAGAGUAGCUGAAUGUUUCCAAACGAGUUGCUCUUCGUCAUAUAAGCAGGUGCAGUCCAUUUAA